AAAUAUAUCAUUUAGUUUUCGAGAAAAAAAUUUGGAAGUCUAUAGUUACAAAUACCAGUAAAAAUGUUCAACCUAAAAAUGAAUCCUUUGCAUCAGUCUUUUGACAUCAACAAAGAAUUGCAAACCGCAAUAGUAUCCAACGACUUACCCAGAGUAGAGCAACUUGUUCGAUACGGCGCAAAUGUAAACUUCCGUACCUCCGAAGGACAACCAGUCCUCCACCUGGCGAUCAACAUUGACGCUUAUUCCAUAGCAGAGCGCCUUCUAAAAUUCGGCGCAAAUCUUCAUGCAGUGUCAAUGAAACCAAGCCGAGAAGGCUACACACCGUUGCAUUUCGCAUGUCUAAAAGAUCACCAGGAGCUCAUGGAAUCCUUGAUCACCACCUACCACGCUGAUCCACGAGUUAUUGCUGCUGAUGGUGCUCAACCGAUACACUUCGUUCUGCUCAAUGACAACAGUGAUAUCAUAAAGCUGUUUUUGGAAAGAUCAGUGAGUCCAGAAACUCGAAUAGAUAAAUUAGUCUUUGAUAAAUUCUACCGAGAGAGCAGCAUAAGUUACUGGCGCGGCGACUUCGGUGAUGAUGUAUCAUUGCUAACAUUUGCUGUUCUUUACGACAAAUAUAAAUGUAUCCCAUCGUUGAUAGAACACGGUGCUAAUGUGAGAGUCAAAAAUGUUAAGAACCAAACGCUAUUGAUGAAUGCAGCCUUUCAUCGGCAUUUAGCCACCGCGAGGUAUCUAGUUACAAAAAUGAGUCGAGCAGAAAUAAAUUACGUUGACAAUGACGGCUUCACUGCGCUGCACCAUCUUUUCAUCCAAGAAAUUCGGCACUAUCGACGAAACCAAUCCAAAGGAGAACAAUCACGUGGAGCUUACUUCAGAUCUGAAAUAGUGGAACUGCUCGUAAACUUCGGUGCCAAUAUCAACGCCUUGAUCCGCGGAGAUCCUUCGACUCUUCUGGUCAAUAUGGUUGCUUAUCUUCGGGAUUAUCAGCUGCUAGAUUUUUUGCUGCCGAGGCAAAAAUUUCUGCCGAUUUUCCAACCAAUAUUUUACGCCAUGAUGCCUAGCUCUGAGGAAUAUCCGUCGAACUACCUGCCCCUGGACAGAAACGAUGACUCAAUGUGGUACGCCUCCUACACUAUGAUUGACACCAUCAUCAAAGACAUAAAGCUGAGGAUUGCUAUGGGAUAUCCAGUCGUUUCUGAAGAAAUCGCCAGGCUGAACAACGUUAAUUUGAAGUACUUGCGAGACAACGAGUAUCAUCAAACUGUUGAGCAGUUGAAGCACCGAAGACUGAAAUUCAAUAAUAAAACGAUGUCUGUUUAUGAAAUUUUAUCAAAAAAAGAAAGUGAGUUACAAGAAUUGGCGGUUGACAAUCAUUUCCUUCAUGCACUUGAUAAUUAUCAUAGAAAAGCGCUCCAUGAUGAAGAAAGGAUUGUGACCAUGAUCAAGGUACAUGCCGAUCAUGUAUCGCGAGAACCUCUUUUGAAGAAAGUUAGAAAACUUUCGUUUUUUCCAAAUACUUUGUUUCAUAAUAUUCCUUUAGUAUGUGUUGUAGAAAUAGCAAAAUAUUUAGAUGUUUAUGAUUUGAGGAGUUUUGUAAACACUUAUUGUAAGUUUUCUCGUUAGUGAUUUUAC